AUGGCGGAACGAUGGCGUCCCGAAACCCAUACGUUCCACCUUCCGGAGGGGGAAAUGACGAUCACCCUCAAAGACGUGGCGAUCCUCACCGGGCUGCCUAUUUCUGGGGAUGCCAUCAUUGGUCCCACGACCAAACCCGAAGGAGGUUGGGGGCCGCUCAUACGUGAUCGUUUGGGCUUUGACAUGCCGACCACCACUCCAAUUCAAGGACGGGGGCAUCCACCGUUGAAUGCGGCCCAAGUGUCGGUCCCGUGGCUGGUAUCUCACAUCCAGCAAGAGGUGGAAAUCAAUGACGAGACACCGGAAGAACAAGUCGAGCGCUACGCCCGCAUCUACCUCAUCGGUUUGGUGGGUGGAUUUUUGUUCCCCAACAAGUCCAACCGGGGAUUCAAGGCAUAUGGUUGCCAUUGCUCACUGGUGACUGGGAUGCAAUUGGAGAGAAGAGUUGGGGAUCGGCCGUGCUAG